AUGUACGGGAGGUCGCCGGAGAGGCGGCAAAAGCAAAAACUGGCCCGGUUGUCCACAUUUAGAGUCGAAAACGAGCAGAACCCGGAAGAAAUGCCACAAUGCUUUCAGAUAUUGGUCAACAUAAUCGAGGCUCGAAAACUGGCGUGGUCCAAUCCGCAUUCAGCAAAUUCGUAUGUUGUGUUAGUUCUCGGGAAGAAGAAAAGUAGAACAAACAUCAGGAGAAAUAUGGUUGAGCCUUAUUUCAAUGAGAAUUUUGUGUUCGAAAUGUAUGCGAGUAUUCAAGAUCUUCAGCGGUCUUAUUUGUGGUUAGCGGUAAUGGAGCCUCGGUUUUGUACGCCCUCUAGGUUGUUAGGAGAAGCUACAAUAGAUUUGGGAACGAUUUGGGAGCAGCCAAGACAUCUUAUAUUCCACAAAUGGGCUCAGUUGACUUUGCCAAGAGAUCCGAUCGCGGGGCCUGUGGGUUUCUUGAAAAUCGAUAUUUCUAUAAUUUUUCGAGAAGUUCAAAUAAUACCAGCUAUUGUCUCUCAGAAGCCUGCAGAAAAUAAUCUCUUGCUACCAACUGGUUCGGAGCAGCAAUGUGCCAAUUAUGUGAUCACUAUUUUCGGAGCUUUCGGUCUGCCUAGUGGAGUACAGGCACAUGGUAACAGGAAGUAUGGGAAACCACCAAGUACAUUCGUCAAAAUCUCCUUUUGCGGAUUGGUAGUCAAAACAGGCGUGCAACACAGAACCAACCAUCCAUCGUACUGCGAACAGAUUUCAAUAGUAGAAAUGUUUCCCAAUAUUUGCCAGACCAUCAGAAUGGACAUAUGCUCAGCGGAUAGUUGUUUCAACAGGGUGAUUGCCAGUGCACAUCUGAAACUUGGUCUAGUAUCUCACGAUGGAGAGAAUGGCUUCCUGCCUACGUUUGGCCCGUCAUUACUUCACAUGUAUGGCGCUGGAGGCUCAUUGGGUGCAACUAGUGAGGAUGGCCCAUACCACCGCGGGGCACUGCUUGUUUCUUUAAAGACCAGCGUGCCUUAUUACCAACAGGGAGUAAGAAGUACCAGUGUCGAGCCUGUCACUCCAAUAAAACCGGAACAUUUGUGGGUUAUGGAAGACUUUUGGAUAUACUGUCCUAUCCUGGAGGUUUCAAUGUUGGAUGGCGCUGUCGCAGGCAAAUGUAGUGGUGUAGCUUUGACAAUUGGAGAAGUAAAUACCGAUAAUACUUCUGAUCAAGGAACCCACAAACUUCAUUAUACUGGUUCAGUCAGUGUAAGAAGCUUAGAGCCAUCGUAUGGAUAUCUCGAAUUUCAAUAUGGAUAUCCAGUUCUGCAGUUAGCUUCACGUUUGCCUGAUUUCCGAUUUCGUAUGUACAGAAACAACAUGGCUUAUAGUAUCGUCACCAAUCUGGAGGAUUCCAUAUCAGAUAUAGCAUAUCGAUUAAAAACUUUGGAUUAUUCAACACCAAGUGAGUUGAUUGAUGAACUAAACAAAACUGUAGAUGAGACUGCAAAUAGCAUUUUAAAGUUUCUAGACAUCGUCAAGUAUUCCAAUUUAAAUGACAAUGACGCUGUGAUGCGUCAUAACAUGACGGAACUUGAUCAAAAGCAGUUGUCACUGCAAAAGGAUGAGAUGUCUUCAGAUGGUUGGCCUGAUAUUGCUUUAUGGCUAUUGAAUGCCGGAUCUAGAGUUGCAUUCGCCAGGAUACCAGCAGCUGAUGUUAUUUAUUCAGUUAUAUCUGAACAGUGUGGGAAGAACUGUGGUAAAAUACAAUCACUGUACGUAAAGCCAAUAAAAUGUCCUAAGCAUUUAAAUACAUACGAUUCUGGUUGCCACUGCAUUGCUGGCAAAAUAGAGCUUCUUCUUUGGAUGGGUUUGUAUAGAAAAAAAUCAUGUUUUGAAAGAUUUCUGCCCAUUGGAAUGAAUCUCAAAGCGCGAGGACAUGAAAUAACUUUGAAAUCGAACGUAUUGGAUAAACUGAUUCUAAUUGGUCGCGCUCAAGUGAAACCAGUAUUGGAUGAUCGUGCCGACCUUGAAUUUGCACCCAAAUUACAGUGGUAUGAGAUAUAUAAGGGAUCAGAGUGUUUAGGACAAGUUCAUAUGUCGGUACAAUUGAUGCAAGUAAGUUCGAAAGCAUGUGAUGUGUUUUUAUGAUGUGCUGUUGAAACUAUGCUGUCAAACAAAGCGCUGUCACAGUAUUAGAGGUUCCAUGUUAUAAGCCCUACUUCUAAAGUCAAUAAAGGUUAUGUUAUGUUUAUCCCAGUGUUCGACACAGACGCAUCUCUUUUAGCUUUAAUUAUAUCUCAAAUCUCACAAAAGGUUUCAGAAGAAUUGAUUAGAACCAUUAGUUAUCUUAAUAUAGAAGAAAACUUAAAUACAUCUAAAGUUAAAGAAUAUGCUUUAUGUGAAGAAGACACGGAACCACUGCCGGCCAAUUUAAUACCGCAAUUUUUCACUUACAAAGUUGACGUUUAUUGGUGGGGUUUACGUGAUAUAAACAUUACAAGGAGACCUUGCGUUGUCCUCGAGAUUGACGAGCUCACAGUAAAAUCUGACAUCAUCACGGACAAGCAAAUCAACUGCAACUUUCCGAACGGCAAGUCCAGUCACAUAUUUGAGGCUCCACUUAACGAAACACACACUACGCUGUUGAGCGUCAGUGACAUCUCGAUAGUUAAUAAUGCAAAUAUCAGGAUCACCAAUUACAAGCGCAAAGCAAAACGAUCUACCUGGGCCAGAUUGUUCAACGGAAAGUGUCCCACUGAGGAAGAAUAUGUGCUUUUGCCGAUAUUUGAGAAAGAGAACGCACAGGAUGAUAUAGUUAUGAAGAAAAGCUCAAAAACUUUUCAUCAACAAGACUGGUGGUUGAGGUACUUCAACUCGAUCAAAAUAUACGAGUCAGAAUUAGAGAGUCAAACGGAAUUCAGUAAAUUCAAAGACUGGUGUAGUUCCAUAAAGUUCUACAAUGGUAAGAAGACUGGUAUUCCUGAGGAAGAUGAAAAACUCUAUUGUGGAAUCCUGAAAGUAGGAAUCGCUAUAUAUAAAUGGCCACCACCCGGAGGUGUUACAGCUGUUACCUCUAGUGGAAUAGAUUUACACAACGGGUAUUUCGAAGAUUUCCCAAGUAAUGAUCCAACUCAAUUCUUGGUUCGUGUGUAUUUAGUAAAAGGCGUUGAUCUGAAAAAAAGAGAUUUCACAGGUCAAUCAGAUCCCUAUGUUAUCCUUCGUUGCGGUAAAAAGAUUUUAGGAGAUAGGGAUAGUUUUGUAAAGAAUAAUAUGAAUCCAGUAUUUGGCAGAACCGGUCCAUACAAAUGGAGAGACUGUUACAAACCAUCAGAAAUAUUGGAAGAUAUUUGUACUAAAAAUCACUUGCCUCCACCGAUUUACCCAGAUAAUGGUACUGUUAUGGUUAAUGGUGUAGAAUACAGAGAUUCUGAUAAAGAUAGAGUCUUCAUUUCACCCUGCGAACGAAAGGAGAAUAUUUGUUUAACUAUACUACAACAAUGGCACACUUUGCCCGUUUGUGGUUAUCGAUUAGUACCAGAGCAUUUGGAAACAAGAACGUUGUAUAAUCCUGAAAAACCGGGGCAUGAACAGGGCAAGAUCCAGAUGUGGGUGGACAUAUUUCCCUUAGAUACGGAACUGUACAUUCCACCACCAGUUGAUAUAACUCCUCGAAACGCUGUGAAUUAUGAACUGAGACUAAUCAUUUGGGAUGUGGAUCGACUGAACUUCGACGAAAACCUUACUGGCAGGAAGUUUCCGGACGUUUAUGUUAGAGCGUAUAUAGUCGUAAAAGAGAUGGAAACAUUCACAGAGUACAGAGAAAGAGUUCCCCCGAUAUUAGUCGUCCAAGUUUUAGACACUGAAGCUCUAGCGGCCGAUGAUUUUAUAGGUACACUCAUCCUCAAUCUAAAUGCUAUGCCACGAGGAGAGAAAUUAUCAAGUCAAUGUAGUUUAGAUGCAUUAGAUAGUGCAAAAAUUGUUAAUAUGUUUGCGUUGCGAUCAAUGCGGGCUUGGUGGCCAUUGUGGAAUGUCGAUUGUAACAGUGAAGCAAAAUUUUUAGCUGGUGUCAUAGAUAUGGAAAUGACCGUGCUUCCUAAAGAGAAAGCUCUUCUGAUGCCUGUUGGUUUAGGAAGAAGUUCCCCGCUUGCUUUGCCAGAGCCGCAGUGA